GGAUAAGCAAGCGCUCGCGCUUGGUGGUCUAUUCUAAGGAUAGUAAGGGUUGGCUAGUUGGCUAGUUGGGUGCAACUGGGCCAAUGAUAAGGAUAAGAGGAAGGGUGAAUGAUGUGCGGUCUGGAUGCUGACUGUGUUGGCUGUCAGGGUGGGGGAUGGGGAGUGCCUAACGAGGUGGGCGCUGAUGCCCGACGGGUGAGUUGCGAGCUGCGAAGGUGGAGAACAGAAGACUGGGAUGAUAAUCGCAUCAUUGGAGUAGGUAUUGGAGACGUGCUGAUGUGUUGAUGCUGUAAGAGGGUUGACGUCGUGUUCGUAUUCGUCUCGUACUCGCCUAUUCUUGACUCACUUCGUACGUACCCGGUCUCCACUCCUCCACAUCCACAUCCACAUUCAUUUCCUAACCCUCCGGUGGCUUAUCCCGCUCU